AUGUACGAGACUGUACCGUAUUGCUUCCAGAUAUCUGAGGAGAUAAUUCGGACUCCUAACAAAACGGCAUUUACCGCCUCUGAGGCUGAAAUCGGAGCGCGGCCUAGCAAGGAUUGGCGGACUGACUUGCUCUCGCUGCCUUUCGCUCGGAUUCGCAAGUUUCACGUAUCCAUCUUUGUCUCCCGACUCGGGUUCAGCGACCUGCUCGGACAUCGAGAGGAAGAAGAGCUUAGUCUCUACAACGUUCGCGAUAACGUUCAGAGACUUGUCGGCAUUCUCAAGGAAGUUCCUUUCAUCAAGGAGCUGAGGGUGAGAGCUUCUCUGCUCAAUAUUGAGUGGUUAGACCCAGAAAGCAUUACUGCAGCCGAAUUCCUGCUUAACCCCUUCAUGUGCUUGCGUAAUAUAUGCCGCCCCAGCCUCGAUAACAUUCAAGUCGGGGUGGUUAGUGAAUCUGACCGCCUGGAUGCUUACUUCAUUGGGACCAAGCGUACUGGAACCUGUUACACCCCGGAAGUUGACUUUGUAGCCCCUCACGAUAUUCUCACCGGCUCGUCAGGCUACUACGAGCCGGUGGCAGAUCUCUCUGGGGUCAAGGUUCUGAGGUUCAGAGAGCACGCAAUUUCGAGUAAAGACUACAAACCUGGAGAGGAGGACGAAACUUUCGCAACCUACGUGUCGAAGUGGGAGAAGCUGUUGGCGAGCGACGACCCUGCGCCGCCAGUGCCACCGCUUGCGCAAACAUACGAAGACGUCAAAGACCUGCUCUGGGAUCUGAGAAAACUUGGAGUACCACGGCGGGGGGAGUCGGAAGAACAGUUCGACCGCAUUUGGAACUAUCAGCCACCAGGACGGCUGCCUAACAUUUUGACACGGCUUCUGCACCGAGCGAGGGUUGCACGAGAGGCGGACGGGAAGGACGAUAUGGCUGAAAUCCAACAGGAGAUGCAUACUCUUUGGGCGGAGUUUGUUGCAGAACAGGAUGCGAGUCGACGCAAGGUCAACGAUCGCUUUGUACGAAUGGCUCUGCCUCCAGCCGGCCAGUGUUCGGUUGUCCCGGAACUGCCCCAAAAGAGCGUCCCAGGAGAGCCCAGCAGGCUGUUUCCGCCGUUGAUAGAGCCCCCUCAUUACAAUUCGCAAGGCGAAUCCAUAUCGUUUAUCGGCAUGCCAUAUGGCAGCAAACCGAGAGCCCGGCUGGUGACCCCCGCUGUGGUGGAUGCAAUGGAAGAAAUGAUAACUAGACGCGAUGAAAUCGACAGUUAG